AUGAAGGUGCAAAUGAUAAGCCGUAAUCCGGAUGAUUACGUUAGAGAAACGAAUAAAGAACAUCAUCGGAUACCACGUAAUUAUGAUCCCGCUUUACAUCCUAUGGAGGCUGCCCGGGAAUAUGUAAGAGCUUUAAAUGCGACAAAACUCGAACGUGUUUUCGCAAAGCCUUUUGUAAGCAACUUAAGUGGUCAUCGUGACGGUGUUUCUUGCUUUGGCAAGCACCCAAAAAGGCUCUCGACUCUUACAAGUGGUUCCUAUGAUGGUGAAAUCCGCAUCUGGGACUUAGCUAAUCGCGAGAGUUUACGCUGUUUUGUAGCGCACGAAGGUUUCAUAAGGGGCAUCUGUUAUUCCACGAAUGGCGAAAGAUUGUUUACUGUCGGCGAUGACAAACUAAUUAAAGUGUGGAGUUCAAAUGCACCCGAUAUAAAUGAAGAUGAACAGCCCAUUAAUACAAUAUUAAGCCGGACUAUUAUUACUAGCAUUUCACACAAUCGUAAGCAAGCAGUUUUCGCUACUUGCGGCGAAGUUUGCUCUAUAUGGGAUGAAAAUCGUAACGAUCCCGUGAAAGUAUUAAAAUGGGGCGUCGAUACUCUUCAUGCCGUGGCUUUUAAUCCGGUUGAAACUUCAAUCUUGUCUUGUUGCGCUAGUGAUCGCAGUAUAAUUUUAUACGAUCAAAGAGAAUCAGUUCCUUUACGUAAAAUUAUUUUGUCUAUGAAAAGCAACAAAUUAUGCUGGAAUCCAAUGGAAGCAUUCAAUUUUACGGUGGCAAAUGAAGAUUGCAACCUUUAUACAUUUGAUACACGUCGACUACGCAAUCCUUUAAAAAUUCACUUUGAUCAUGUCGCCGCUGUUACUGAUGUUGAUUAUUCCCCUACCGGAAAAGAAUUUGUCUCCGCUAGUUAUGACAAAACGGUACGCAUUUAUAAUACGCAUUAUUCUCACUCGCGUGAUGUUUACCACACUAAACGUAUGCAGCACGUUGUGUGCGUAGCUUGGUCUCAAGAUAAUCGUUACAUAUAUUCGGGUUCCGAUGAAAUGAAUAUACGUAUAUGGAAAGCUAAAGCCUCUGAGAAAUUAGGUAUCACUCAGCCACGUGAACGCAUGAAUUUCAAUUAUCAAGAAGCGCUUAAGGAGAAAUAUGCGGCACAUCCUCAAAUCAAACGUAUUGCGCGCCAUCGUCAAGUGCCUCGACAUGUGCUCAAUAGUCAGAAGAAAAUGCGCACGACAAAAGAUAAAGAAUUACGAAAGGAAGCCAAUGUUCGUAAACACUCUAAGCCAAACUCGGUACCUUUUGUUUCCGAGAAAAGGAAAACAAUCAUAAAAGAAGAGAUUUAGAAUAAAUUAAAUAAAA